AGCGGGCGGGCCGGGGCGGGCGGCUUCUCUCCCUUUUCUCUUUUCCCCUCCCUUCCCUUCUUCCCCUCAUUCCCUCCCUUCCCUCCAUCCUCCCGUCCCCCCGAGCGCGCCCUGCGGCUGCUCCGCUCUUUGCGCUCCAUGGCGGGGUCGGCGGCCGUGAGGCGGCGGGGCCCGGGCUGCGGCUCGCUGCUGCUGCUGCUGCCGGCGCUGCUGGAGAGCUGGGCGGCCUGCCAGGCGCCGCCGGUGCCCGCCGCCGAAAUCCCUCCGGAUGGCACCGAGCUCGGCGUGGAGCGGCGCUUCGUGCCCGAGAGCUGCCCGCGGGCCGUGCGCCCCGGGGACUUCGUGCGCUACCAUUACCUCGGCGCCUUCCCCGACGGCACCCGCUUCGACUCCAGCUAUGACAGGGGAUCCACAUUCAACGUGUUUGUGGGCAAAGGUCAGCUCAUUGCUGGGAUGGACCAAGCUCUGGUGGGCAUGUGUGUGAACGAGCGUCGGUUUGUGAAAAUUCCCCCUAAGCUUGCCUACGGAAGUGAAGGCGUCCCUGGUGUGAUACCUCCCAAUGCUGUGCUCCAUUUUGACGUGCUCCUGAUUGAUCUGUGGAACUCGGAGGAUGAAGUGCAGGUUCAGACUUACUUCAAACCCGAGAAGUGUCCUCGGACAGUGCAGGUGUCUGACUUUGUGCGGUACCAUUACAAUGGAACAUUCUUAGAUGGGACCCUGUUUGAUUCAAGCCAUAAUCGGAUGCGAACUUAUGAUACCUAUGUGGGAAUUGGAUGGCUGAUUGCUGGGAUGGACCAGGGUCUCUUGGGAAUGUGUGUAGGAGAGAAGCGCAUUAUCACAAUACCACCUUUCCUGGCAUAUGGAGAAGAUGGAGAUGGUAAGGAGAUCCCUGGGCAAGCUUCCCUUGUCUUUGAUGUGGUUUUGCUGGAUCUACAUAACCCCAAGGAUGGUAUUGCUAUUGAGAACCAGCUUGUGCCCGAAGCUUGUGAGCGGAGAAGCCAGACAGGAGACUUUGUCCGAUACCAUUACAACGGUACACUUUUGGAUGGCACAUUGUUUGAUUCCAGUUAUUCGCGAAACCAUACAUAUGACACCUAUAUUGGGAAAGGUUAUGUGAUUGCUGGAAUGGAUGAAGGUUUGCUAGGUGUAUGCACUGGUGAAAAAAGAAGAAUAAUAAUCCCCCCUCAUCUUGGAUAUGGAGAAGAAGGGAGAGGAAAGAUUCCAGGAUCUGCAGUGCUGAUCUUUGACAUCCACGUGGUGGACUUCCACAACCCCUCAGAUUCGGUCAGCAUUACUGUUCACUACAAACCUUCCAACUGCACUGUACUGAGCAAGAAGGGAGAUUACCUGAAAUACCACUACAAUGCUUCGCUCCUGGAUGGAACCUUGCUGGACUCCACACACAGCCUUGGCAAGACCUACAACAUAGUUCUGGGAUCUGGUCAGGUGGUGCUGGGGAUGGACAUGGGCCUUCAGGACAUGUGUGUUGGGGAACGACGGACAGUUGUUAUCCCACCUCACCUUGGUUAUGGAGAAGAUGGAGUUGCAGCUGACCCCUGGUGAGUGAUGACUUUUGGAUGGGAGAAAGAGACUGACAUCCAGCAACUGGUCAAGAUAAGAGCUGUACGAAGACUGUGUCCCAGGAGGAAGCAGUCGCUGCAGAUCAGCUGCUGCACAGUGCCAUGACUGCAAGAAAGCCUCUUAGACUUCACACCCUCACUUUUAUUUUACGCACUCUCCACGACAAUAACCGACUCUCUUGCCCUGUCUUAUCUGGCCUUCUAUGCCUGCACGGUGGUUAGGAAAGGAAGCCAGGAAGAAUAGCUGUGAGGUGGUGCCGCAGCCUGAUUUGAGCGGCGAGCGGCUGGCAGGCAGCAGAGACGCGGCUGCUGCUGUGGGCCGGGGCAGCAGGAGCGGUUCAGCCGAACGUGUCAGAGCGCAGCGCGGCAGGGGCCGAGGAAAGCCAUCGCUGGGGGCCACGGCUCCCUGACGGGACAGGGCCCUUCCAAAGCAGCGCCAGCGCCUCAGCCACGGCUCCCGCCAGCGCCACCUGCUGCUCCGAGCCGUCUGCUGCAGCGUGACAAUUCACUGCCAAAUGCACCAAAACACAGCGACAAAUCUGACACGCUGCAGCAUUUCGAGUGUUUUUUCCUUAAGCUCUCUCCAAUAAUAAUCCUUCGUAGGAGGUGAGGAGUACACUGUGGUUUACUUGCACAAAUACACUUGUGGAUGCACACGUGGAGGGAGGAGUGGUGCCUGAUGGCUUGAAGGCUAUUACUGCAAAUUGGAACUAGCCAACACAGGAAAAGAAUAUGCAUUUUGCAUGGAUGAUGUAAUUCAUGCAAGUGAAAAUAAAAGGUUAAAGGCAGCUGUGGUAGGGUUUUUUCUGUGAUUUUUUUUUUUUUUUCUUUCUAAAGAAAGUACUUCAAAAGUUCAGGCAUUUUGCAGUCCAGACUUACACAAAUUGUGAUGUUUUUACAUUUACAGGUAUAUUGCUAUUGAAUUCACCACUAGUAUUCUGCUUAUGAAUGCAUGGAUCCAUACCCUGGGUCUCUUUAAUGCUUAUAUUGAUCAGUUUAGAUACUUUUUAUAAAAGCUGGUAGUUCUUGUUGCCUCAAGACUGAAUGGUAUGACUGGAAUGCUAUGCAACUUUAAUUCAUAAUAUGAGCAGAUUUGCAACGAUAUGCAUAUUCAGACUAAAAACUAAAAAAAUCUCUUAUUACUGGUUAUAUUGUUUGACAGUUAAAGGUAACAUGUUUAAGACUUGCAGCGCUUGCUACUGAUUUUCAGCUGUAAAAAGAAUUUAAUAGAACAGAUGAUGGUAAAAAUAAAUUAUCACAAACAGGAGGACAAUCACUUAAAAAUAAACACAUACCAAGCAUUUAUUAAAAGGUAAAUAUAUUUCAGAGCAGAAUGAGUAAUUGAAAGAUUGCUUUUCUGACUUGAAGAAAGACUAUACAAAAGAUAAAAGAAAGCAGCAACCAAGCUCUUCUGAGCCUAUACCUAAAAUCUAUAUUAUAUCCUGACAUGUCUACACUGACUACUUGGAACUCAGUUUUCAGGUACAGAUAAUCAGUACAUUUUUGGUAACUGUUAUAACUUGCAUAAAUGAUUUCUAAAGAAACUAGUGCAGAAUUAUAGAUUUAAUUAAUCUUCCCAUACCAUCCCUUGGAAGAAUGUAGGUUUUAAGACUUACUGAAUUCAAAAUAAACCAAACAAACCCAACACAGGCAGCAGCAAUUUCAGAAAAUUAGAACUUACUUCUGAAACAGCUGCAUUGUAGGAUUAGCUUACUAUAUUGAAUGAAGUAAAAUAUUAGUAUAUACAUAAUUUUGACAGUGAGAUGAGAAAACAAUGGAAUUCUGUCAAUUUUUAUUCUCCUGGGAUACAAAUUUCUAAAAUUUCCAGCUGAAUUAUUUUACAGUAAGAAUGAAAACUGCUACUAGUAUCCAAGUUGCAUCAACAUGCAUUGUCCUAAGGGUUUUUCCUGCCCUGUGAUAACUUGCUUUACAAGCCAUAUGUUAGAUGACUUGUAUCAUGCACAGUGGCUUACAUUAGGCAGUCUGAAAUCAUGCAUUAUCUAGGUGGCAUAUAUUAUGACUAUCUCUGUAAACAGCGUGUGGACAAAACAAACUUGUUUUAAUAAAUGGUGUCUACCACCGUCAA